AUUAUUAUUGGCGGACUUCAAGACAGGCAUGUGAUUAGCAACCUAAGGGGCCUUCCAUUUGGAACGUCAUCAUAACGUGACAGCGCGUAGCCUGACCGUGGAAGAACUGUACCUCAUUCAUUCGGGUUUGUAAUGAUGUUAUGUGUUCUGUUAACGGCAUGUAUUGGUCAGGCUAUUAGGUAAAUGUAAAACUCUCGUUUCUGAAACACCUGAUAUAUCUAGAUACAUGGCAACGUGCGUGACUCAGCACUUUGUUUACAACGAUCAGGACUUUGUUCGUCAUGUCUGCCGGUCUGAACGAUGCGGUAGAUGCUCAAGACUGUCGAAGUUCGACAGUAUGCUGAGGUCCGGAUGGGCUGCGAAGAUGAGCCAAGGAAUGUUCCGCUACCACCUUGGUGAUCUGCAAACUCGAAUUCUGCCUGGUGGGUCACAGUUUGUAAUUCAACUCAACAUCAAACGCGGACAGGACAGACGGAAACCACAGGAAAUUCUGAGUAUUCGACAAAAUUUCGACCCAAACCAGUUCAAUUUCAAUAAAAUAAGUACAAAUGAAGUUAUCUUUGAGAUGAGCAAAGAGAAAAUAAUUGAACCACAUUCUGGUCCUCAUCUGAAAGAUGGAAGAGGACAUUCCUGUCACGAUUCAUCUAAAAGUGGAUUUGUCGGGAUGCUUGUUGUGAUUAAUGUUAGUCCUUUGGAGUUUGGUCACUGUCUGUUUAUUCCUAAUCCAACGCAGUGCCUUCCUCAGAUUUUAAGUGCUGCUACCAUCCAAACUGGAAUUGAAUCUGUGCUCUUGAGCUGUGUUCCGGGAUUUCGGGUGGGAUUCAAUAGCCUUGGGGGGUUUGCUUCAGUGAACCAUCUACACCUUCAUGGUUAUUACUUAGAUUAUGAGCUGCGGAUAGAAUCUGCUCCAUCUGAACCCCUAAUUCCAGAAAAAGGAUUCUAUCGUCUAACCAAAUUCCCAUUUGGGUUUCUCUUUUACACUGAAGGUCUGGACUUGUCAGCAGUAUCUUGUGAUAUUUGCCAACUGACUGACUAUUUAGUGAGAAAGAACAUUGCCCAUAACCUCUUUUUUACCCGAGGCUGCUCACCAAGAAUUGGUUUUCACCCAGACAGCGAUCGAUCUGGAGUGCGUGUUAUUGUGUGGCCACGGAUGUCUGUCUUUGGAGCCAAGGAAGAAUCAGCAUUCAAUGUUGCCCUUUGUGAGCUUGCUGGACACCUGCCCUUUAAGAGCCAGGAGGAGUUUGACACUGCCACUGAAAAUAAUGUAAAACACAUUAUUCAGAAAUAUCUUCUUCCUGAGGAGGAAUUUCUUCAGCUGCAGCUGGAGCUCAUAGAACUAUUUACACAAUCCCUUAUUUGAGGUGAAAUCAUAUCAGGACUAUGACGUUCCUUCGUUUUGUGGCUGUUGCCUUUAUUUGUUUUCAGUGUUUUGUUUUUUCUUCACUCGCAUUUUGAUGCUCAGCCCAGCGGUCUGCACUUAAAGGGGCCUCUGAAAGUUGCAGUGCUCUGCCCAGCGGUCUGCACUAAAAGGGGCCCACCGAAAGCUGCAGUGCUCAGCCCAGCGGUCUGCACUAAAAGGGGCCCUCCGAAAGCUGCAGUGCUCAGCCCAGCGGUCUGCACUAAAAGGGGCCCUCCGAAAGCUGCAGUGCUCAGCCCAGCAGUCUGCU